UCAUCAGUGGGAAGAGAUCAGUGGUGUUGAUGAGCAUUACACACCCAUCAGGACUUACCAGGUGUGCAAUGUCAUGGAUCAUAGUCAAAAUAAUUGGCUGAGGACAAACUGGGUCCCCAGGAAUUCAGCUCAGAAGAUUUAUGUGGAGCUCAAGUUCACUCUACGGGACUGCAAUAGCAUUCCAUUGGUUUUGGGAACUUGCAAAGAGACAUUCAACCUGUACUACAUGGAGUCAGAUGAUGAUCAUGGGGUCAAAUUCCGGGAGCAUCAGUUUACAAAGAUUGACACCAUCGCAGCUGAUGAAAGUUUCACUCAAAUGGAUCUUGGGGACCGUAUUCUUAAACUCAACACUGAGAUUAGAGAAGUAGGUCCUGUCAACAAAAAGGGAUUCUAUUUGGCUUUUCAAGAUGUUGGUGCUUGUGUUGCCCUGGUGUCUGUGAGAGUGUACUUCAAAAAGUGCCCAUUUACAGUGAAGAAUCUGGCUAUGUUUCCAGACACUGUACCUAUGGACUCCCAGUCCCUGGUGGAGGUCAGAGGUUCUUGCGUCAACAAUUCUAAGGAGGAGGAUCCUCCCAGGAUGUAUUGCAGUACAGAAGGCGAAUGGCUCGUACCCAUUGGCAAGUGCUCCUGCAACGCUGGCUAUGAAGAGAAAGGUUUCAUGUGCCAAGCUUGUCGACCAGGUUUCUACAAGGCUUCGGACGGUAACAUGAAGUGCGCCAAGUGCCCGCCUCACAGUUCUACUCAGGAAGAUGGUUCAAUGAACUGCAGGUGUGAGAAUAGUUACUUCCGAGCAGACAAAGAUCCUCCAUCCAUGGCUUGUACCCGACCUCCAUCUGCACCAAGAAAUGUUAUCUCUAAUAUAAACGAGACCUCGGUUAUCCUGGACUGGAGUUGGCCCCUGGACACAGGAGGCCGGAAAGAUGUUACCUUCAACAUCAUAUGUAAAAAAUGUGGGUGGAACGUAAAACAGUGUGAGCCAUGCAGCCCAAAUGUCCGCUUCCUCCCUCGACAGUUUGGACUCACCAACACCACGGUGACAGUGACAGACCUCCUGGCACACACUAACUACACCUUUGAGGUUGAUGCCAUUAACGGAGUGUCAGAGAUGAGCUCUCCACCAAGACAGUUUGCUGCAGUCAGCAUCACAACUAAUCAGGCGGCUCCAUCACCUGUCAUGACGAUUAAGAAAGACCGGACAUCCAGAAACAGCAUCUCUUUAUCCUGGCAAGAACCUGAACACCCUAAUGGGAUCAUAUUGGACUACGAGGUCAAAUACUAUGAAAAGCAGGAACAAGAGACAAGUUAUACCAUUCUGAGGGCGAGAGGCACAAAUGCUACCAUCAGUAGCCUCAAGCCUGACACUACAUAUGUAUUCCAAAUCCGAGCCCGAACAGCAGCUGGAUAUGGGAGCAACAGCCGCAAGUUCGAGUUUGAAACAAGCCCAGACUCCUUCUCCAUCUCCAGUGAAAACAGCCAAGUGGUGAUGAUAGCCAUCUCAGCGGCUGUAGCGAUUAUUCUUCUCACUGUCGUCAUAUAUGUUCUGAUUGGGAGGUUUUGUGGCUAUAACAAGUCAAAACAUGGUGCAGAUGAAAAAAGACUUCACUUUGGGAAUGGGCAUUUAAAACUUCCAGGUCUCAGGACUUAUGUUGACCCACAUACAUAUGAAGACCCAACCCAAGCAGUUCAUGAGUUUGCCAGAGAGUUGGAUGCUACGAACAUAUCCAUUGACAAAGUUGUUGGAGCAG